AUGGUCAUUUCACUAUAAAUUUGAACAGUACUUUUGUGUGUUGAAGUAUUAGGUGCAAAAAUAAAACAUAGAAAACCACACAACAACUUAACCAAUAACCAAAUCAAACAGUUGAGGAUAAUGGAAGAAGAUACAGAUUCACGAAAGCAAGCAAGGCUUUCCAUUUUGGAACUAGCGAACAUGAUAAGCGUACCUAUGUCUUUAAACGCUGUCGUACGGCUCAACGUUGCUGACGCAAUCUGGGAAGGUGGUUCCAACGCGCCUCUAUCUGCCGACCAGAUCCUCAAGCGCGUGCUUCCAGGCGGUGGUGGCGACGCCGAGAAUCUACAGCGCGUGCUACGCAUGCUCACUAGUUACGAUGUUUUUGAAGAGCAUCUUGGUGGCGGUGAAAGAAAGUACUCUUUAACCGAUGUUGGGAAAACUCUCGUGACCGAUGAACAAGGCUUAUCGUACGGUUCUUAUGUGCUUCAACAUCACCAGGAUGCGUUGAUGAGAGCAUGGCCAUUGGUACACGAAGCAGUUGUGGACCCAUCAAAGGAGCCCUUCGAGAGGGCAAAUGGAGAGGCAGCUUAUGAUUACUACCUUAAAAAACCAGAAAUGAACGAGUUAAUGUUGAAGGCCAUGUCGGGUGUGUCAGUGCCCUUCAUGAAGGCCUUGUUGGCGAGCUACAAUGGUUUCCAAGGUGUGGAAAAGUUAGUGGAUGUUGGUGGUAGUGGUGGAGAUUGUCUUCGUAUGAUCUUACAUAAAUACCCCUCUAUUAAAGAGGCGAUAAACUUUGAUCUUCCUCAAGUGGUUGCCAAAGCACCACAAAUUCCAGGUGUAACUCAUGUGGGUGGUGACAUGUUCAAAUAUGUUCCCCAAGGAGAUGCAAUCUUUAUGAAGUGGGUGCUAAUAACGUGGACAGACAAAGAAAUCAAGCACAUAAUGCAAAACUGUUACAAGGCACUACCAGCUGGUGGAAAACUAAUUGCUUGUGAGCCAGUGUUGCCUGAGGAUUCAGAUGAUAGCCACAGAACAAGGGCAUUGCUUCAAGGUGACAUAUUUGUGAUGACAAUCUACAGAGCCAAAGGAAAGCACAGGACUGAAGAACAGUUUAAGCAACUUGGCAUUUCUGCUGGUUUCAAUCUUUUCAAAGCCUUUCAUGUGGACCAUUUCUACGCUGUCCUUGAGUUUCAAAAAUGAAAGUAAAUCGAUGUUGUGUUUCAUGGAUUUUUGUAAACUUUGUGUACUUGCUAAUAUUGUGGAUUACAUUUUAAGGAGUCCAAAAUAAAUUUGAACUACCAGUAAGUCUAAGUGAAUAUUUGCUUUGGAAAGGUUCUUCUUCCUUUGAACUAACUUUCUCAUGAGGCAACUUAUAAUGUAAGUUUUAAAAGCAAGUUGGUGUUUUAUAAA